CUAUAUUUUGUGUGAUUUUAUAUGUAGAGUUACAUAUUUAGUUAACCUCUAUUUUGGUUGGUAAAAAAUUCAUUUAUUCAUUGUAUUAUGUAAUAUUAUUGAUUUUCUUAUACACGUGAGUGCAUUAUGCAUUACCAAAUCUGAUCAUAUUUGCUCUGGAUUUGGUCUUUAAUUCGGUACCUAACAGAUCAUUUAAAUUUUGAGACGUUCCAUUGGGAAUUUUGUUAAAUGAAGUUAAAACAUAUUGAUUGAAGCAUCUCUUACUAAAUGAUUUUUUAACAUUUGGCUCUUAUUUCUUUCAGGAUCUAGUUAACUUGAUGGGAAAAUUUUCUUGUUGAACUUGUUCAUCACUGGAAGAUUUCUUUGCUUUCCAUUGUCUUUUAAUGCUUUUUACCUUUAACUUUUCUCUCUUUUGGGAUAAAAUACUAACACUUGACUUUAAUAAAAAGUUAAUUACAAUAAUACGGGUACUAGAGAGAAGUUAUGCGCAUGGAGUAACUGUGCUCAAGUGUUAAUCUCUUAUGUUUGUAUUUACUUUAUUCAUUCUCAAUCUAUGUAGAUGGUAUUAGUGCUUAAGUAGUCCUUUUCUCUAAUAUAUGCUAUAAUUCUUUUAUCUUAAUGUUCCAUGCUAAAUUUUUUGGGGGACAAAGUAAUGGGAAUUCCUCAAUCCCUGGAGGAGGCGGCGAUGAUGCUAUUAAAAAUGCUUUGAACUUUGUCAUGGAAGUGAAGCUGACAUUUCACGACCAAAGGGAAAAAUAUGAAAUGUUUCUUAAUGUCAUAAAAGAUUUCAGGGAUAAAAGAAUUGACAUUGCAGGUGUCAUGGCAACAAUGAAGAAUUUAUUUAAAGGGCAUAGAAGCCUAAUUUUGGGAUUUAAUAACUUCUUGCCAAAAGGUUAUGAGAUAACAAUUGAUGAUUGUGAUACUCCGGUAAGAAAGACAGUUGAAUAUGACAAAGUUAUCAGUGUUGUAAACAAGAUAAAGAGACGAUUCCACAACGAUGAACAUGUGUACGAAUCAUUCCUAGACAUAUUGCGUAUGUAUAAGAACGGGAAUAAGGGCAUAAAUGAGGUCUACAGAGAGGUUGCAACUCUAUUUGAUGAUCAUCCAGAUUUGCUUGAUGAAUUUAAGAAAAUUUUGCCGCAUAAUUUUGCAACACCUUCAAUCCAUCAUGUUGCAUGUGAUCCGGCUUUCAGUGAGCUGUCCUCUAUUACGAUGGAAGCGGAGGGAGAAAUGGGAAAGGUGCUUGAAAAGGCUCAACAAGGUCCACGCAGAGAGUGUAUUCUUCAGUCAUUGCUUGCUUGUAUAGGGCUUUCCAAUUUUUGCUGGUAUAGGACAUUCAUUGCAGGGAAAGCGCUCUUUAAGACUUUGAUGCUAAGCGCAGGCAAGGGGUCAGACACUAUUGAAUCCGUGUUUGCAAAGAUACAUUGGAGUGAGUUAUGAUAGGGAGGACUAGCGUGACUGUGGCACAUACAAAUGAUCAUGUAAUUGUCAGUGCUGGAUAAAGUGCAACGGGUUCAGAAAGGAACUCAAAUGGGGCACAUAUCCCAGAAUUCAUGCUUGACCGACAUGAUGACAAUGUACCCUUAAAAACAUCCAUAUCUUUUCAAUU